ACAACUUAAACUUAGCGUCAUCUCUUCUUCUCAUUGGUUUUUAGCUUUCACAAACACGUAAACUUUGAUACAUUUCAUCCAUAAUCUCUCUUCAAUGGCUGUAUCACUUCAAACCAAGUACCCUCUAAGACCCAUCACCAACAACAUUCCAAGUACGCACCGUUCUUCACUUCUCCAUGUUCGUGUCACGUGCUCUGCUACUACCACCACGAACAAGCCUCAAGCUAAGCUUCUGGUUGAGAACCGUUUUAUGAGUCCUCCUCUUUCCAACGACCCAUCUCUCCAGUCAACAUGGACUCAUCGUUUAUGGGUUGCAGCUGGUUGCACUACAUUGUUUGCUUCUUUAUCUAAAUCUAUCAUUGGCGCGGUUGGUUCUCAUAUCUGGUUAGAACCAGCUCUCGCCGGUUAUGCAGGGUACAUCCUGGCUGAUCUAGGCUCUGGUGUGUACCAUUGGGCCAUUGAUAACUAUGGUGAUGAGUCAACUCCUAUAGUAGGAACCCAAAUCGGAGCUUUUCAGGGUCACCACAAGUGGCCUUGGACAAUUACGAGAAGACAAUUUGCUAACAAUCUACACGCUCUGGCUCGAGUCAUAACCUUCACGGUGCUUCCACUAGACCUUGCGUUUAAUGACCCGGUGGUUCAUGGCUUUGUGAGCACGUUUGCGUUUUGCAUAAUGUUUAGCCAGCAGUUCCAUGCUUGGGCUCAUGGAACCAAGAGCAAGCUUCCACGUGUCGUGGUAGCGUUGCAGGACAUGGGAGUGCUUGUUUCAAGGAGAGAGCAUGCUGAACACCACAGAGCACCGUAUAACAACAAUUACUGCAUUGUGAGUGGGGCUUGGAACAAAGUUUUGGAUGAAAGUAAGGUCUUUGAAGCGUUAGAGAUGGUGUUGUAUUUCAAGCUUGGGGUGAGACCGAGGUCGUGGAGCGAGCCAAACUCUGAGUGGACAGAAGAAACAGACAGCUCCAACAACCAAGCAUAAUCAAGAUCUAGAAUCUGAGAGUGAGUGCAUUGACCCUAAAAGAAAUAUACAAAAGGUAGCAGCAUGUAACAGUUUCAAGUAUCAGAUCCAACGAAUGAGUA